AUGGGGCUCCCCGCACUGGAGUUCAGCGACUGCUGCCUCGACAGCCCGCACUUCCGAGAGACGCUCAAGUCUCACGAAGCGGAGCUGGACAAGACCAACAAAUUCAUCAAGGAACUCAUCAAGGACGGGAAGUCACUCAUCAGCGCGCUCAAGAAUUUGUCUUCAGCAAAGCGGAAGUUUGCAGAUUCUUUAAAUGAAUUUAAAUUUCAGUGCAUCGGAGAUGCAGAAACAGACGAUGAGAUGUGCAUAGCAAGGUCUUUGCAGGAGUUUGCCACUGUCCUCAAGAAUCUUGAAGAUGAACGGAUACGGAUGAUUGAAAAUGCCAGCGAGGUGCUCAUCACUCCCUUGGAGAAGUUUCGAAAGGAGCAGAUUGGUGCAGCCAAGGAAGCCAAAAAGAAGUAUGACAAAGAGACAGAGAAAUACUGUGGCAUUUUAGAAAAACACUUGAAUUUGUCUUCCAAAAAGAAAGAAUCCCAGCUUCAGGAGGCAGACACCCAGGUGGACCUGGUCCGACAGCAUUUCUAUGAAGUAUCCCUGGAGUAUGUCUUCAAGGUGCAAGAAGUCCAGGAGAGAAAGAUGUUUGAGUUUGUGGAGCCUCUGCUGGCCUUCCUGCAAGGACUCUUCACUUUCUAUCACCAUGGUUAUGAACUGGCCAAGGAUUUCGGCGACUUUAAGACACAGCUGACCAUCAGCAUACAAAAUACAAGAAAUCGUUUUGAAGGCACCAGGUCAGAAGUGGAAUCAUUGAUGAAAAAGAUGAAGGAGAAUCCCCUUGAGCACAAGACUAUCAGUCCCUACACCAUGGAAGGUUACCUUUAUGUCCAGGAAAAACGUCACUUUGGAACUUCUUGGGUGAAGCACUACUGUACAUAUCAACGGGAUUCUAAACAAAUCACCAUGGUACCAUUUGAUCAAAAGUCAGGAGCAAAGGGGGGAGAAGAUGAAUCAGUCACCCUCAAAUCCUGCACGCGGAGGAAAACAGAUUCUAUCGAGAAGAGGUUUUGCUUUGAUGUCGAAGCAGUGGACAGGCCAGGGGUUAUCACCAUGCAGGCGUUGUCGGAAGAGGACCGGAGGCUCUGGAUGGAAGCCAUGGAUGGCCGGGAACCUGUCUACAACUCGAACAAAGACAGUCAGAGCGAAGGGUCUGCACAGUUGGACAGCAUUGGCUUCAACAUCAUCAGGAAAUGCAUCCACGCUGUGGAAACCAGAGGGAUCAAUGAGCAAGGGCUCUACCGCAUUGUGGGGGUCAACUCCAGAGUACAGAAGUUGCUGAGUGUCCUGAUGGAUCCCAAAACAGCAUCUGAGACAGAAACAGAUAUCUGUGCCGAAUGGGAGAUAAAGACCAUCACUAGUGCUCUGAAGACCUACCUAAGAAUGCUUCCAGGACCACUCAUGAUGUACCAGUUUCAAAGAAGUUUCAUCAAAGCAGCAAAGCUGGAAAACCAAGAGUCUCGGGUCUCCGAAAUCCACAGCCUUGUUCAUCGGCUCCCAGAGAAAAAUCGACAGAUGUUACAACUGCUCAUGAACCACCUGGCAAAUGUUGCUAACAACCACAAGCAGAAUUUGAUGACAGUGGCAAACCUCGGCGUGGUGUUCGGACCCACUCUGCUGCGUCCUCAGGAAGAAACCGUAGCAGCCAUCAUGGAUAUCAAAUUUCAGAACAUUGUCAUUGAGAUCCUAAUAGAAAACCAUGAAAAGAUAUUUAACACCAUGCCUGAUACGCCUCUCACCAAUGCCCAGCUGCACCUGUCUCGGAAGAAGAGCAGUGACUCCAAGCCUCCGUCUUGCAGCGAGAGGCCCUUGACGCUCUUACGCUGUGCAGUCAACAGAGAAACAAGAACAAAGAAACAGUAUCAUCAGCUCCAGUUUGGAAUCUGUCUCAUCAAAUGCAAACAGCAUCCUUAAUUCCAGCAGCAGCUUACAGCCCAACAUGAAUUCCAGUGACCCAGACCUGGAUGUGGUCAAACCCACCCGACCCAACUCACUCCCCCCGAAUCCAAGCCCAACUUCACCCCUCUCGCCAUCUUGGCCCAUGUUCUCGGCGCCAUCCAGCCCUAUGCCCACCUCAUCCACGUCCAGCGACUCAUCCCCCAUCAGGCCAGAAGAAGCGGUUCGUGAAGACUCCAGCACUCCUUUCCGGAAGGCAAAAGCCUUGUAUGCCUGCAAAGCUGAACACGACUCAGAGCUUUCGUUCACGGCAGGCACGGUCUUUGAUAAUGUUCAUCCAUCUCAGGAGCCUGGCUGGUUGGAGGGGACUCUGAAUGGAAAGACUGGCCUCAUCCCCGAGAACUACGUGGAGUUCCUCUAACCAUGGGCUCCAGCAGGAUCGCUGAGUGUUACAUGGUAUCCAUGACAACUGCUGUUUCCCAUGUCCUAGGCCAUUUCUCUUUGCCACUGAGAGAAACAGGGUGACUGGCUGUUGCUACCUGUUGACACGAAUGUUUCUGUGAACUCUGAUGUCACCCAUCUCCACGAUCAUCUCAGCCGACACUGCAAGAAUCAGAAGUCAAUCAGCAGAGGAGGCCAUUUGAUUUUAAUAACUGAUAAAAGGGCUUGCAAAGCCUAGUUCUCAUGAGUGCCCCACAUAGAGAGCCCUCAUUUUGUUUCAGUAGUCAUCUAAACCCAAAACCUUCUGAAAGAGGAAGUAAGAUAGAAGUAGUCCCCCAAAACAUGCAGCAUAGCCAAGGCUGAUGGGGCUGGGCCAAGAAACUGGUGCCAAGAUCCAGGCUGGGCCUGUUGCUGUUGUUUACAGUAGAUGCUUUCUCUACCCCGCUUCUACAUAAUCGAGACCCACAGUGCUACAGGCAGCUGGGGCUGUGUGUGCAGGCAGGAUGGAGUGGGGUUCAGCACUGUUUAUAGAAGAUCCAAUCUUUCACCAUCUCUAAAGCAGCCAUUGGCCCAUCAUCAGCAAACUUCAGUCCAGUCCUGUCAUGCAAGGGAACGCACACCCCACAUUCACCCUUCCAAGCUAGAAACUUCUCUGUCACUGAGGACUGCCAUCACCUAGUAACCACAGCAACCCAACCUACUCUAAAACAAAACCAAAAAAAAAAGAAAAGGAACCAAACUCUGCAUGACACAGUUUUUUUUCUCUCUUUUUAGAAGUUUUUGGAAUGAAUUUCCAAGAACCUAAAGUAGAGGAUCAAGGACUAAAAGGGGUCUUCUUAGGGUGGACAGGACAGCAACUGGGAACCAUUCCCUUCCAUAUGAAUUUUGGCAACAUCGAGACAUGUAGAGAGCAAACUCCAGUAAACUCUUGAGAUUAGAUUACAUAAUAGGCUUAAUUUUUUUUGCUCUUCCAUGUAACUAGUGUUUGCUUUCUAGAGGUUAAGAUGCUGCCUCCCAGUGGGUGAAACCGUCCCUUUAACCAGUUCCCUCAUGUGCUCCCAUUCACUUGUCCUUGCCCUUGCUUUUGCCCACCUCUAGCCCAAUGCUGACCAGCAUCCUUGCAGUGCUUUAUGCUGCUGAGCUGGGGCCCUGUGGUUUUCAGGAGUGAUCUCUGGGCUAACCCUAUGAUCUAUAGUUUAAAAGACUAUCUAUGUUCACUGCCACUCAGAAAAAGGGAACUGUUUCUUGGGCUUUUAAGGUAUGAGAUUAAUAUCAUAGGCCAUUGUGAUUCAGGAAGGCUCCAAAGGUUGGGGGCAUGAAGAGUGGGGUAGGUACCUGCUGAGAAUGAGACUUUCUGAUCAGAGGAAGCUGGGUGUUGUACAAAUUACCUUGGAUGAAUGAGUUCCACCUGGACAUUUUAAAUCGACUUGGCCUCCAAAGAACAGUCUCCAAUAUCUUCUACAUGGAAAUGUCCUUACAAGAGUGACUCUGGACAGAGGAACUACAAACUGAUGAACUGGUAAGCUCCCUAGGAGCCCCUGAUAUGGCGGCAUUGCUCCAGAGAGUGCUUCCCACUUCUGGAAUUCCUCAUUAAGGAACUUUAAAGAAGAAAAGAAAAACUUGAAUUGUGUUGAAUUACUGUAUCUCUUUUUUUUUUUUAAAGAUAAACUUGUAAAUAGAGUGAUUUGAAAUACUAUAUGGCAAAGUUUUAUAUUUGAUAUUCUUUAAGCUAGUGGUUCCAUAUAUUUAGGCUUUGAGUGCUGAACAAGUGUGUUAGAUGGAGUGAGAGAGGAGGCAAGUUGAAGAGAGUCAAGGUCGUUGUCCCCUCGCUGACCUGGAGGAAGAAAAUCCUAUCUGCUUGUUCUCCUGAUUCCUGUUGGUGGGUAUGACAAAUCUAUGGUGUUCAGUCUUCUCUAUCUACAUGUGUCUUUGGGCAUUCCUUG